GCCUCCUCCUCCUGAAUGAAUAGUGUGAGUGUGAGCAGGAGGCAGUCAGGGAACAUUCAGCAGUAGUGCCUGCACUGCUUAGCUGCAUGCUCACAGCUGAGUUUUGUCUGGGGCAAGAGGGCAGCAGGCCAUGCAUAAACACACAGACACAGACUAGGGGAGAUAAUGGUGCCCAGCUACUUUUAGGAACUGAAGAGCUGUAGCUGUCAAUGCUUUUACUGCCAGACAGUGUCCGUCUUUGCUAACAGAGAGCAGUGGGACUCGUGCUUGCUUCUAUAAUAGGUUCCAAGUUUUUUAUUCAUCUCAGCUCUCAGCUUUUUUCAGACAUGGGGUGCUCCUCAUCCAGUGCACAGACUGUUGAUCAAGAGAAAAGACCAGGUACAAAGCCAGAAGAGAGCAAUGGAGAUACAGUGGCAGUCAGAAACGGUAUCAUCGCAGAAGAUGCACAAACCAUCGAGGACCAGAUGCAGUUGCCUGUGCAGACUGCCCUACCAGACGAUCUUCAACCGGGAGCCGAUGACGAGGCGGAGGCCGUGUUGGUAGCCCUGGAGGCCCAGGAGGAUCUUGGCUCUGGGGAGGACCUCCUGGCUGUGCCUGAGCCUCAGCCAGAACCUGUCGCCCCUGCAGAGCCAGCUCCAGAGGUUGCUGCUCCAGCUGAAGCCGCUACUGAACCUGAACCUGAGGCUGCUGUAGCGGUGGUGGAGGCACUACCCCCUGUGGAGGAAGCUGCCCCUGUAGAAACUGUAGUGGCUGAGGCCGCUCAUGAGGUCAAAGCCCUUGUUGAGGCUACAGAGGAGGCCCCUGCUGUUGAAUCUGUUGUAGCUGUGCAGGCAGAGUCCCCUGCUGUUGUUGAGGAGGCGGCUGCUGUGCCAGCUGAGGCCUCUCCUGAGGUUGCCACCCCUCCUGUUGAACCUGUUGCAUCUGAGCCAGCAGAGGCCCCAGUGGUUGUGGAAGAGGCAGCGGCUGUAGCGGCUGAGGCCCCUACCGAAGUGGCUGCCCCUGUGGAGGCAGAAGUGCCAACUGACAGUGCUGCACCAGUUACUGCCUCAACAGGACCAUGUGAAUCCUCAGAACCAGGUGAGGCUUCAGCACCAGGUGAAGUUGCAAUCCCAGGUGAAGGUGUAGUACCAGAUGAGGCUUCAGCACCAAGUGAGGCUCCAGCACCAGCUGAACCCGCAGCACCUAUAGAGGCAGCAGAACCUGUAAUCGAUACAGAGCUUGCUGUAGCAACUAUUCCAGAGAUGCCUCCAUUAUCUCCUGUCACAGUUGAGGCCCAAGCUGAGCCUCAGCCUGCUGUUGAGCAGGCAACAGUACCUCCUGUGGACCCUGUUGAGGCACCCUGCCCCACAGAAGCCACCCCUGCUCCAGCCCCAGAAGCUGAAUCUGCUGUGCCAGUCCAGGAGGCAGAGGUUCCAGCAUCUACACCAGCAGUUUCAGAAACCUCUUCAGAAGCAGCCCAAGAAGCUCCAGCAGAAACUGUGACAGCUCCUGUGGUUGAGUCCACCCCAGCAGGCCCUGAAGCACCCUCAGCUCCAGCCCCAGAGCCCUCACCUGAAGUGGUGUCUACAACAGAGGCCUCUCAGGAUACGGAGAGAGAGGAAGCCAAAAAGGAGGAUUGAGUGGAGAGAAGAGAUUCACCAAAAUAACAAAAACCCCAAAGCUGCCAUUAUAAAGCUACUGGAAGAAAAAGACAAAGCAACAAACGCUACAUUUUCAGUAUUGUCUCAUCAGCGCUCACCAAACUUCCCACCAGAUACAUUAAUAUGCAUGGUGCCUUAAUAACAUUUAGGAAAGAUCAGGAUUUUUCCUAUAUUUGUAAAUAUAAACCUUUACGUUUUUCUACUGAGACCUUAAGUGCCUGGAGCCACAUAUUACAUGCAGGCCUGUGCAAAGAAAAUGCUAUAAAACACUUAGGACAGGUUAGAUGAGACAAGAGGGUGCAAUAUUCUGUGAAAUCUGUGAACUUUUGUGGCAGCGUGAUGAACUAGAGAAGGAUGCUUGCAAAGUGAAUCCUUGACUAUUUAAAAUAGCUGCUUCUGAGGAAUACAAGCCAAACACAACUGUGAAUGAAAUUAUGCAAAGUGCUUGGCGACACAAACGCCAAACUGGGUGGAUGAACAACACACUGGCUAGGUUUACACUACCAGUUUAAUUGCAAUUGUUAUCACCUAUAUGAAACUCAUAUCCACAUUUCUGUUUGGUGUUUACACAUUAUUUAAUUGCAGUCUUUCUAAUAAGGUUCAUUUAAUUAAUAGGAAUGACAGUACUAAAUGUUGAGUAACAGAGUGUACAGUGUAAUACUGAUAAGCACUACUGUAAGUCAAAUCCAUGUUUCCUUUAAAAAAAAGUCUUUUUCGAUAUCACUUUAUUGGUUUCCAUGGAAAGAUAAUGAAUAAAAUGUGUUUUUGUUUUGUGUAAGGGAUAAAAAAUGCAUGCAGAUGAUCCAAUGCAUAUGCAAAAGAUUAGUAAUGACAUAAUGAAUCAUUGCCAGGUUGAAGAUGCAGAUGAUCCAAGUACUGGUAUGUCAUCUUGCUGUUCCAUGAAGCCAUUGUGUGCAGCUGUAUAGUAGCUGGCAGAUGUUCAUAAAAUUCUGGUCUUGAAAAUAAAGGUGUUUCCAACUAUAAAUUUAAAGGCAUCAUUACAAGGCAAACAGAGCAUCAUCAUUACAUACACAUGUAAGAGAUCACCUGUUGGACAUGAUUUUUACAUUAUUAUUAGUUCUACGUGCUGUGUUUAAAAAAAAAAAAAGUGUAACGGUGUUAAAAAAUGAUUUCAGUUAUGUAAACUGUGAUGGACGUUGUGGGGACAAAAAUUUGUUUUGAUGUCUGACAUCUUUUUUCCCACCUGUUUCUUUCUCUGUAAUAUAUUCAUUUUCUGAGCUUUGUCUAUGAUUCUGCUAAUCUAGUGUACAGAAUAAAAGUUUACUCACUA